AUGCCCAAGACCAGAAAGAACAAUCUCAGAGAGUCCUCAAGUUGCCGCCGUCGCUCCCGCACCUCCAGAGCUGAGCUGAUCUUUGCCGUGAGCCUGGUGGAACAACAUCUGAGGGAGGACGGCCAUGCCCGGAGGUUCAGUGAAACAGUACCCAUCUUCCUGACCGCCAUCCUGGAGUUCCUCACCCGCAGGCUGCUGGAGCUGGCUGGCAAUGAGGCCCAACGCAGAGGUACUGAGAGGCGCAUCACUCCGGAGCUGCUGGAUUUGGCCGUCUAUAGCAAUUCACUGCUCAGCGAAUUGUUCCAAUUCAUCACCAUCUCCCAAGUGGCUCCUCCUCAUCACUAG